UAUGUAGCAUUUAUUAUGCUUCAUUUCAUUUCUGUCUCAGUGCUAAUAGAGGAUUACAAGUCAGAUUCUCCUCCUGGGAGGGAGGAUGCUGCCCCAAGGGAACAGCUGAUUGCUACUGCAGUGAAAUUUUUACAGAACCAAAGAGUUCGUCAGAGUCCAUUAGCAACAAGAAAAUCCUUCCUAAAGAAAAAAGGUCUAACAGAUGAAGAAGUUGAAAUAGCUUUACAGCAGUCGAACACUGCUACCGAUGAAGUAUUUGGGCCUGUCUCCCAACAGCACUUGGUGCAACCUUCACAACUUGCUGUGCCAAACGGUCCUCGUAGUUCCAGGUGGCGGGAAUAUGGCGCCUUGGCAAUCAUCAUGGCUGGGAUUGCAUUUGGCUUUCACCAACUAUACAAGAGAUACAUUCUGCCUCUUCUAGUGGCCAGCAAAGAAGAUAAGAAGCAUCUUCAGAGGAUUGAGUCUGGUGUUACUGAGCUGAGUGGGACCAUAACACAGACAGUGACACAACUGCAAACAAAUUUGACCACAGUGCAGGAGCUUCUGGAACAGCAACAAGAGAGAUUACAAGAGCUGUCGCAAGAACUGACUGGUACCAAGGUUUCUUCUUCAACAAAUUGGCUUCUGGAGACUCAGAAUGUGAAUGAAUUGAAAGCUGAGAUCACCUCAUUGAAAGGGCUUCUCCUAAGCAGGCGACAGUUCCCAUCUUCACCUUCCGCUCCAAAGAUACCCGCUUGGCAGAUUCCUGUCAAGCCAUCGACAAUAGCCACAUCAGUCAUGGCCAAUCACAACAACAGCAGUAGUGACAUCUCACCGGUCAGUAUUGAAUCUGCUUCGUCUUCUCCAGCCACAGAGAACCAUAGCCCUGAAGGGGGCAGUCUCAGUGGCCAUGUCAUUAACAGCAGCAAUGUUGACGUUAAAUCCCAGGUGAGGAUGGAAGUCCAAGGCGAAGAAGAUAAAAAACAGGAGAAUGAAGAUGAGGAUGAAGAUGAUGAUGUCAGUCAUGUGGAUGAGGAGGAUUGUCUGAAUGUACAGACAGAGGAUAGACGGGGUGGGGAUGGACAGAUAAAUGAGCAAGUGGAUAAACUACGCCGUCCAGAAGGUGCUAGUAAUGAAAAUGACAUUGACUAAUUCAUAAAUGUGAUUGGCCUCCACAAACAGAAAGUCCUUAAUUCCAUUAAUUGACUGUAAAUAUUUGCUUAUUGCAUCCUGAGUGUUGGAUUUUUGCAAUCCAGCAAAUUACGCUGCAGCACAUGUAAACUCCAGGUGAAUGUGUGGCUAGUUACACCCAGGUACGUUUUGGUGCAACAUCAUGCAAAGAGUAAAUUGCCUUGAGGGAGAAGAAGUCAAAAUGCUCACUGUAAUCGACCUGGUCAAGGAUUAAAGACUCUGUAAAUCCCAAACCAUGCUUGUGAUGUGUUCUGUCAGCACUCAGUCAUCUAUCAGUGUGAUCCAGAAUCAACCAAUUAAUCAAUUGGGGAUCAGUCCCACCUUUUGUAUGAAGAAGUAGUGGCAGAAGCAGCAUUUUCCUGGGUGUCAGCUACGAGAAGCGUCUCGAAGACCCGGUGCAGUUGAAGCCUUCUAAGGAUGUGACUUGGAAAAAUAAAUUUGUAUUUGAACAAUUAGUGUACAAUAGGAGUAAAUGAAAAUGGUGCAUUGAAGUUUUAUGUCUGCAUCAGAACAUCUUUGCAUUUGGGUUCAACUCUAAUUGCAGUACAUGUAAUCUCAGAGUGGGAUAGGCCUGAAGAAUGGGACUGUAAUAAAGUUGAUUAUUUUUCAUUGAGCAAAAUGGUAUUCAAGCUACCUUAUAAUUUGAGUUCAGAAAACCUUGACGGUUAUUUGUAUAAUCUGAAUGUUAGGAGGAGCAGCAAUGUCACAUUGAGUGUCAACAUGCUGGACAGUAAGACCAUCAUGGCAAAUCCUGGAUUCAGAAGAUGCCUCUGUUAGCUCUUAGAGGAAUUCCAUGAAAUGAAUCUAUUUAAUUUCAUUUCUAGGUAGCAGUAUAGUUUUAACUUGUGACUCAAGAGUGAAGGUUAGAUAUGAUAUAAUCAUCAGGCAUUCCCCCCCCCCUCUCUUUGAAUGCAGUUCCUAAUUAAUUUAGAGUCUUUCAGCAGUCCAGUUGGAAAAAUGCUGGUAUCUUAUGUGCUUUGUGUGAGGCUGGGGUUUGCUUGGAAAAGCAACAUCACUCUUAUCACAUUUUAAGCACCUUUGCUUUAAUUUGUUUUGAUUCGACAAAAAGUUUUUAACGUAAGAGGCAAAAGAAUGGUGAUGGUGGAGAAUGAGGUCAUGUUUGUCAGAGAUGCAUUUGUGAUGUUUAAAUUAAACUCUAUAGCAAAGCA